UUGGGAAAAAAAAAUCCCACCCACUUCACGCCUCACAAUUCACAGUUCACAGUUGACAGCCUCAUUUUCUCUCUCAAAUGGCCCGACUACUCCUCCUCCACCCGGUGCUGUCCGCCGUCGUCCUCGGCCUCCUCGUCGCACUGUCCACCCCUGGCGCCUCCGCUCGCCCCUGCCGGAGCUUCCUCAUCUCCUCCUACACCUUCUCCCUUCCCUCAUCGGACGAUCCAUCCCUCCCUUCCAGCUCUACCCUCACCACCUUCGCUGAGAUCUACUCCUUCCGCCACUUCCCCGCCAAGGUCUUCUUCACACGUAGCAUCAGUGAUUCCUCCGUCGGCAUGACAGAGCCCCACCGCCGUUCCCCUGAAACUCGCCCCGCCGCGACACUCGGAUUCUCCGCUGAAGAAUUCGGCUCCCUCCGUGACCGCACCAAGGACCUCCUCUCCGUCGUCGCCGCCCUCCUCUUCGGCGUCGGCUGCGGCGCCCUCACCGCCACCACCAUAUACCUCGUCUGGUCCUCGUUCUCCAGCCGCCACGAUUACCGUUACGACGAUUACCUUGACGACGAGGAAGACGAGAAGAUCAAUAGCUCUAAGAAGUUAGGGUACGUGAAGAUUCCGGAGGCAGAGGCGGAGGCUAUUCCGGCUCCGACCAAGGAUGCGGUAUGAGAGCAAUUCGUUAGGGUUUAUUAACCUUCAUUUUCGUAGUGUUUAUAUAACAAUCGAAUUUACAGUGGAAAUUAAUAAGGAAAUACUUGAUGGUGUGUUUGUAAUUUGUUAAUUACAUGUGUAAUCCGUUUCUGCACACAUACUAAUGGAUUUACUAUAUCUGUCAUGAAUUAUGAUCAUCAAUUAUAGCCUUGAGUAUGGGCUAUGUUGAGGAUACAUUGCAGUUGUAUUAUAAAUAAUAGGAAAUUUGCAUUCUUAA